AUGCUGGACUUGUUUGCCGACGAUGAGGAUGAAAAGGGGGAGGAUUCCAAGACUGAGCCGACGACUGAGACUGAUCAAAAGCCCGAAGAGGACUCGACCACCCUAGAUUCUUGCAGGGAUGCUGUUGAUAUCACGAGCAUUGAGGCUUUGGAGGAGCUUGCUGAAUUGAACCCGGAUUUGCUUCUUCCGUACAUCCUUCCGCUUAACAAAAAAUUCACAACCUUUUCUUACGUUUUUAUUCAGGAAACCCAUGAAAGUGUACAUGACAUUUUUAAUAAAGAGGGUGUGCAGUUUAUUCACGUUCAAAUGCCAAACACGCUGCCGUCCCUUAACAAGCAGGUUGAAACUAACGAUCACUUAGAAAAUGGGCAACUUGUGACAAACACGGUCUAUCAGUCUUCUAAAAUUGAGUGCUUGCCUUCAGGCAAACUUGGAAAGCUAAGAAUACACAAAAGUGGCAAGAUAAAUCUGCACAUUGAUGGCCACGAAUUCAAUUUCACAAAGGGAAGCAGUUCAACAUGCAAACAACAGGUCUGCUGUCACCUAGAAAAGAACAACGAGUUUUUAUUUCUGGGCAACUUCCACAACAGAUUCGUGGUCUCUCCAGACCUCUCGGAUCUUUCUGCAAACCAUUACACAUAG